UGAUGCGCCCCAAUGGUUUGGACGUGUCAUUCGGAUUCUUAGCACCCGCGACCGUCAACUUAGGUUUAAUCUUAAGUAGACCGGAUACCGUGACGGAGUACGUUCUUCGGAUCCUCAUGGACAAUAAAGAUGCGGAGAAGUUGUUUUUUAUACCGUUUAAUACCGGUGGACAUUGGUUGUUGCUCGCAAUCAAUCCUAUCCGAGAAAUUGUGUAUUAUCUUGACUCGUUAGGAAAUGAUUGGACAACAUACCCGGAUAUGAAGGUCCUAAUUGACACCGUCCUACAAGCUUUUCGGGCCCAACGAGAUAUCCAAACCUCAAGGAGGGGCGCCAACUCCAUUACAUGGAUUAAAGUGGCGUGUCCUCAACAACGUAAUCAAAUAGAUUGCGGGUAUUUCAUGUUGAGGUUUAUGCGAGAUACUCUUGCUUUGGGCCGAUUAAAGAUUCCCACCGAUUACUUUGAUGAAUUCAAGUGUGCAUUUUAUACAAAGGAUCAAGUGGACGAAAUCAAAGAGGAGUGGUGUCAAUUCAUGAUAAAGCUCAAUGUUUGUUCAUAAAUUUGUGUAAUUAAUGUGUACAUUUGUAGUAUAUGUUAUGACUUGUAAAUGUGUACAUAAAUUUGUAUAUAUUUUGAUACAUUUAAGGCAAAAUUGGUUU